AUGCCCGACGCUCAACGGGAAGAGAUGGCGAGAAAAAGAGUUGACGAAAAGAUCAAAGGUCUUGCUAUCAAGAUCGAGUCUCAGUACAAAAGGACAGGCGUCCUGCGCAAGGCGCUCGCUGGGGUCAAAUGUUCUUUUUGCAGGACGCAAGACGAGACUGGCAGUUGCGACUUGGUUAGCUCAGUUUCUCGCAGCCACAAAGAGUGGAAAAAUUCAGACACAUACAAGGAUGGGAUCAAAUCUGUCCGUAAGUGGAAACAGAGCAGGAACUUAAGCACCGGCCUCCAAAGUACUAGAAACGAAAACGAAGGUUUAGAGCAAAUAAACGACGACAGCAAUGCCACAAACAUAGAGCGGGAGGAGAUCCAAAACAUCAUCAAGAAAGACCACACAGACGUGGAGUAUGCGUUUGGAGAAGACAAGAACACUUCAUACCAGCUAGAGCGAGAUGUCAACGGAUACGUCAUCCAAUGGAAGGUCUUGAAGCCCCAGGAACCAGAACUGCCACAGCAGAACUCGACUUCCCAACCCUUCUUAGGUCCAUCUCAAGGAUCGGAAAAGUACCUAGAACCGGUGAACGAGGACGCUUCGGACUAUCGUUUCAAAGGCCGCUUCCCUGAUCAGAGGAUAAAUCUUCAAAAUCUGUUGGAUAAAAAGCCACAGAAGCCGCGGAAAGAUGUGAUUCUCCAUCGGGAACGGCACACAGACGAACAGAGGGUGCGCUACUUUCACAUCCCAUACAACAACAUGGAGCACGCCAUCGCGCGAUAUUUCGACGAGGAGUCCCCCAACCUCGAAGAGAUAUACCAAAUCACAUGGUAUUACGACCUGAAUACUGGAGGGGGCAACAACAUGGCGGUCAACGGACCCUAG